AUGGAGCCGGACACACCUUCGGAGCCGUCGCUGUCUGCCUCGGCAAAGCUCCGGGCGACGCUGAGCUUCCUGCGCAGCCGCGUGGGGAAUCUUCGUCGGAGCCACUACGGCGCCAAGCUGGCGGAGGGAGACGUCCUCGUUCUGGGUGCCGGCUUUUCGGGUUUGCUCAUCGGAAUCAAGUUGAAAGAAUCUGGCAUCCCCUUCACGAUUAUCGACAAGGAAGAAGAUGUUGGGGGGACGUGGUUGCUGAAUCGAUACCCUGGGUGCGCCUGUGACGUGCCGGCACACCUCUACAGCUACUCCUUUGAGCCCAACCCAGACUGGUCCGAGGCGUACGCGGCAGCUGAGGAGAUUCACGCCUACAUCAAGCGAGUCUACGAGAAGUAUGACCUAGCUCCACGCACCCGCCUGCGCACCCGGCUCAAGCGAGCUAUGUGGGUGCCGCAGCUGCGACGCUGGCGUGUUGCACUGGAGUCGGGUGAAGUGCUCCAACCGCGGUUCCUCUUCAGCUGUGUUGGUGCAUUGCACUACCCACAGAUUCCCGACGUGCCUGGGAAGGAGAGCUUCAAGGGCACGAUGUUCCACUCCGCCGAGUGGGAUCACGCGACAGACUUCUCCGGAAAAAAGGUGGUUGUGGUGGGCAGCGGUGCAAGUGCUGUCCAGUUCGUGCCCGAAGUGGCAGAGCAGGCGCAGCGGCUGGUCUUGCUGCAGCGCACGCCCAACUGGGUGUUCGGAAGGGGGGAGUGGCUCCUGCCUGCACGCUAUUAUCCGGAGAACCUCAAGUGGACCUAUCGGAACAUACCGCUGGCUCGUGCAGCCUACCGUGCAACCCUAUAUUGGAAGCAGGAGCUUGCAAUGAGCUUUGGGGGGCUCUUCGACGCACGUGAUAACCCACGCAGCAGGCUCCUGCACGCGCAGGGUCGGGGGUACAUGGCCUCCCACUUUCGGGGGCGCAAAGAGCUGAGGGACAAGGUCAUUCCCACAUACCCGCUCGGGUGCAAGCGCAUCUGCAAGUCGGAUGUCUACCUGGACAGCCUCCGCAGGCCCAACGUCGAUGUGGUUGUGGCCGGGCUUGCCGAGGUUCAGGAGGAUGGCGUCGUCGACACACUGGGCACCAAGCACCAGGCAGACAUACUGAUCUUCGGAACCGGCUUCGAUAUCGGGUCCGUUGGGGAGGAUGUGCAGCUUGUCGGCACUGGGGGAUUUUCCUGGACCGGAAAUUCCGCCUGGCGGCAGGGGCACCAGGCCUAUCUUGGCACCUCCAUGCAACAUCUCCCGAAUACCUUUGUGAUUCUUGGGCCAAACUCAGUCUUGGGCCACAACUCGGUUUUGCUUAUGGCGGAGGCCCAGGCAGACUAUGCCCUACGGCUUUUGAAGGAAGCUCUGGACCACGACAUCGACUCUUUUGCCGUGAAGCCGAGGGUGCUUCAGGAUUACAAUCGCUGGGUGCAGGAGCAGUUUACAGACAAGGUGUGGAGCAGAUGCAGCAGCUGGUAUCAGGCAGAGACUGGGGAUAUCAUUGCCCUGUGGCCUCGUACGACGUACGACUUCUUUACAUGCCUCUACAAUGCACCGGGCCUCCGGGAGGACUACGAAGUCACUGCGGCGGACGCGCCGGUGCAAGCCAGGCUCUGA